GCGUCGAUAACAUCGAGAAUGAGCAGUCGUGUACAACUAAAAGUCGUUCUCCUAGGAGAGAUGGACUGCGGAAAGACGUCGUUGGUGACGCGUUACAUGAGCGGCACUUUCUCGAGUAAAACUCAGACGACGAUCGGUGCCGCCUUCUGUCAGAGAAACAUAAGAAUACAGCAGAAAAACAUCAAGAUAGGAAUCUGGGACACGGCAGGAAUGGAACAGUUCCAGUCCAUGUGUUCUCAGUACUAUAAAGGAGCGCAGGCGGCUGUUAUUUGUUACGACGUGACGUCGUUGGAGAGUUUCGAGAAAGCAGAUUUUUGGAUAAAAGAAAUAAUAAAAAUGGAACCGGACUGCAAGGUUUACGUUUGCGGUUGCAAACGAGAUUUGACGGACAGUGGCAGUAAGAAGAGAGCCGUAGACGUUCACGAUGCAUCAGACCGAGCGUCAGAGGCAGGAGCAAAGUUUAUAGAGACCUCCAGUAAGACAGGAGAUAACGUCGAUCAACUGUUCUUGAUGAUAACUCAAGACUUUGCAGAAACAGCAGCAUUGGCGGCAACGGCAUUGUUACCUGAUGAAGACGAGACGACACAAACCAUUCAGCUUGGCGCGGAUUUAUUGCCCAAGACUUCGAAGUGUCGUUGUUAGUCAAUUUCAGUGUGAUAUAUGGACGAGAGCUAUUAAUUUUUUUGUCAUUUUAUAACUGGAAAGAUGUAGACUAUUUUUGUUUACUAUACAGAACACACCCAUGAGAUGGUGGUAUAUUGUUUGGUGGGUGAUGAAAUGGGAUGUCUAGCCUGCA